ACCAUGCCUGGACUUUCUUUUCUUUACUGGUCUCAGAAACUUAAAAAAGCAAACAGAUUAAAAACAAGUAACAGUACCAUUCCUCCUUCUCUACCCCAACCCUUUCACCAUCAUUGUUACCGUCCUUCCUGAAUCAUGGCCAAGUAUGGUAACACCCAAUCUCCUAGCCCCUGCCCUGUAGCCUCCCCCCAACCAUGUGGGCCCCCUGCUAGGGACCUCUCCAUCGUUCUCUUUUGGCACAGUUGCUAAAUGGUUUGCUCAGCAACGAAAGCAUUUUCUGUACUGUACAGUGGAAGAAGCUCCCAAAUUUGGAGUUUAAAAACUGGGGGGAGGUGAGUAGCUCUCCCUUCUAAAAUGGUGCCCGUCUCACAUGCUCUUUUGGGUGGCAGGCGCCACUUUGUGUCUAACCUGAACUCUGGCUUCGUAGGAGGCUGCCUUGUUUGAGGCUUAAAGGCACAGGGUGCCUCACAAGCUGUACCUUGUAUCAAAUGUGGGAAUAUUCAGCAUGGGUCAGAAAGGCGCUGUGGGCUGGCCCAUUGGUUCUGAUUGUGUGUGGGUGAGGGAGAGACCAAAGACUGAGCCCUGUCUCAUGCUGCCAGCCUGAGGAAUUCAGAGAGGCAGAGAGAGCUUGGCAUUUACUCCAAAGCCCACAUCUCCCCAGUUGCCAGCCAGCAGAGAUGUGGCACGUUGAUUUCAUGUAUUCACUUCUCUUCUUCCCCUCUGAGAAUGCUGUACUUGCUUCACUUUUUUUGUUAAAAAAAAUAAAUAAAAGGAAAGUGAAGUCAGGCUGCCUUGUUCACACGCUCAGAGAGCCCCGAAGGGCAGCCUGCACCUGCCAGCUUGCCUGGGUGGCAAGCUGAGAAGGAUCGGGAGCUGCCAGAGGGAUGGUGUCUCACAGCACCAUUUCUAUCUGAUUGUUCCAUCUGUACCCCCAGUCUAAGGAAGUGAGGCAGCCACAGCCACUGGUCUUUUCAUCUCUCACCUCUCCUCCACCCCAAUGCCAGUGCCAGGCCCAGCUUCCUAGGGCACUGGUUAAUCAUGGGCCCCACUGCUUGGGACACUGCAGGAUGCAGCCCAGACUUUUCAUGUGCCAUGCAAGGCUUCACAGGGUAGCUUGCUUUGACCUCUAAGCACCUUCUCUUGCUUCAGUCAGGCCUGUCCCCUCCCUGCCUCCCAAAGGUACCACACUCACGCCUUUCUAGGGUGGCCACCCACUUCAGAGAGCCCUUCUGCAACUGGAGGCCAAGGGACAGCUCGGUGCCCAUCCUGCCACGGUCUGUGCUCUGUGCAUCACUCUGCUUUGGGCUUCUCUAGCUGUAGUCGUGAGUGGGGGUCGAAGGUGGGUCGCUUCAGCUCCAUCCUGAGCUCCUUGAGGCCCACGCCUUGUCUCACUCAGCUUUGUGCCUUCCGUGGGUCCUUGUUCCAUGUCCUCCUAUCUUGAACAAGCCAGCACCAAUGGAUGGUGUGCUCAUGGUGAGAGAGGGAGGAGGAGGGACGUGUUCCUAGAGCUGCCUUCCUGAGGCUGCUCUACCACCUUCCUCCUAAGAUAGGACUAGAUUACGCGGCGUCUCCCCACACCAGCUUCCUUCUUCCAGCCUGUGUCAGGUAACUCAAGGCCAUCUGGGUGAUGACUCACCUUUCUCCUUAGCAGUCCAGGAGCACUGCCCCUUACUCAGGGUCCUCUCAUCUAAUGACCUCACAUCAGGACAUGGUAUUUCAGGUUCCCCGUUGUGCUUUAAGAAUCUGUUAGCCUGGAAGAUUCUCAAGGGCAGAAACUGUUGUAGAGUCCAAGAGACUGUGGAGCGUGGGCUGUGAAAUCAGUUUUCUUUUCUGUAAAAUGGGGAUAGUAGGGUAUAGCUAUCUUGUAGGGUUGUCAUGAAGAUUGACUGAGUUACAUUGUGGGAAGCUUGGUCCCUGGGGUAUAUAAAGACUUAUACGUCAAAGUUGCUCUUACCAUUCUGAUGACUAACCUGGGUGCCCUGAUGGGACUUCACUGCAGCUUUGCUCAGGGACUGACAGGUGUGACUUCAGUGCCCUUUGACAAGUGUGACCAGAGGAGGCAGAACUGUUGCAUUGCAGCCUCCACUUCCUCUCUUACCUGCCUGUUGUUUCCCCCUACCUGCUGGGGACCACCCCAACCCCAAGGCCCUCAGACUUCUGAGGAAGUGGCUAGUGGCACGAAAUCAUUUAUAAUCAGAAACGAAGAUGGAAAGAUCCAGGGACAAUGAGGAAACUAUUCUGCCUGGACAAGGUGUGAGCUGGGGAGAAGAGAUGAAAAAGGGUUAGGAAGUAGAGGGGGCCACCCGCGAGGGCCCUCCGUGACACCAGGCCCCCACCUGAGACUGACAGGAUCGGCCCCUCCAAUUUGUUCAGCCUCAUGUCCUCAGACUCUCCUCACAUCCACCAGCUGACCUGAUGCUUGUAACACCUCUAGGGGGUGGGCUCUUUUAAUCCCCAUGUUAAAGAAGAGGAAACGGGAGCUCAGAAAAGCAAACUGCCUUGCCCUUGAUCACACAGCUAAAAAGAGCUCAAAGUGAAAAACAGGUCUCCUGACUCUUGGUCCGGCUGGUAAAUGAUCUAUCCCUGCAUCAAAGAAGUAAUGUUGUGAGAAUGAAGUGGCAGCCGUGGGCCCCUCAGGAGCGGCCAGGUGAGGCUGCAGAGGACAAAAGGCAUUAGCCAUUCCAGUCAGGCAGCCCUGGUGCUACAUCAGGUGGCGGCUAGACAUCUGCCCCUUCAUCUGCAGACAGCAUCGGUGGGACUGCUGUGCCGAACCCAGAGAGAGUAGCUGCUGGUGGCUGUAAUACACACUAGGUUUUACUGUUGGGGUCCCCAUCUGAGUUGGGAAGGGGCUCAGGAUGGUAAAACCACUGCAGUUUCCUUUAAAGUAAGGGAGCUGCACUCAGAAUGGGAGAGCUCUCACCUCUAGGAGGCGGGCCUGCCAGGGAGCCAGUGAGGCUGCAGGCUUACCAGCAAAGGUCACCAGCAGCAGCACAGGUCACCACAACAGCUCUGUGAUGAGGGUCUGGAAGUCCCUCUGGCUGGAAUUAAUGUCCCCCUCCCACCAUGGCCAUGCCUGUUGUGGUAGUUCUGUGUCUGCCCAUUUGUGCUGCCUUGGUGAUUAAUGCCCUCCUGUCUUCCUAACUGGAUUGUGGCUGCCUGAAGGGCAGGGAGCUUCACUUGUCAUAUCUGUUUCUUCAAGGGCCUGGCCCAGGGUUUAGCACACAGUUCUAGUGUGACAUGAAUACCUGCUGGGAUCCAGGGAGGACUUUUCACACCCACAGCCCCAGAAUUUAAGAAGUGCAACAUGGCCAGGGGUUGCCUCUGCUGCUUGAAGUACAUGAUGUUCCUCUUCAAUUUGAUAUUCUGGCUCUGUGGCUGUGGGCUGCUUGGAGUGGGCAUCUGGCUCUCCGUGUCCCAAGGCAACUUUGCCACCUUCUCCCCCAGCUUCCCUUCGUUGUCUGCAGCCAACCUGGUCAUCGCCAUAGGCACCAUUGUCAUGGUGACGGGCUUCCUCGGCUGCCUGGGGGCCAUCAAGGAAAACAAGUGCCUCCUUCUCAGCUUUUUCAUUGUCCUGUUGGUCAUCCUCCUAGCAGAGCUGAUCUUACUCAUCCUCUUCUUUGUUUACAUGGACAAGGUGAACGAGAAUGCCAAGAAGGACCUGAAGGAAGGCCUGCUGCUGUACCACACCGAGAACAACGUGGGGCUGAAGAACGCCUGGAACAUCAUCCAGGCCGAGAUGCGAUGCUGUGGCGUCACUGACUACACAGACUGGUACCCAGUGCUGGGGGAGAACACGGUUCCCGACCGCUGCUGCAUGGAGAACUCCCAGGGCUGCGGGCGCAAUGCCACCACGCCGUUGUGGAGAACGGGCUGCUAUGAAAAGGUGAAGAUGUGGUUCCAUGACAAUAAGCACGUGCUGGGCACGAUGGGGAUGUGCAUCCUCAUCAUGCAGAUCCUGGGCAUGGCCUUCUCCAUGACCCUCUUCCAGCACAUCCACCGGACUGGUAAGAAGUACGACGCGUGAGCAGGCUGGCCAGGAGUGCCCACCCCACCCUGCUGCCCUGUGGAGGGAAGAGGAUUGAGCUUUGUGUCGCCUGCCUGCACUCUCCAGAUGUGACCCCUGCACCCACCCACCCCAGCCUACCCUACCCCACCUACCCUGCCUCAGCCUCGGACUUCUCAGUGGGUGGAGUGCCAGGGAGGAGGAGGCACACAGAGACCUGGGGCUCGGGGCCCCUGGAUUCCUGCAUCUGCAUAUGCGUAUUUGCCAAAGACGACAGGGUGGGCUGGGGUGUGCUCAGGAGGAGCCCCCCGGCACUGAUGGGCUUCUGCCCCUGCCCUUCCUCACACUGAUACUUUGUCCCCACAUGGGGUGGGGAGCAGAGUGCCCGCCCCGUGGAGAUACCGCCCCAGCGGGGGCUGCUACAUCCAUGGCCACCAUGGGGCACUUGGCGGGGCGGGGGGUCUGCCGGCCUCUGGGCAAGGCCCCUGGAGCAUCUCGCCCAGGCUUUUUAUACCUUACAAUGUAACUUUUUUAUUUUAUUUUACUCUAUGAUUAUUCAGGAAUAUUAUCUCUCAGAUAAGUUUAGGGUUAGAUUUCUGAUUUGUAACUUUUUACUGUGUUGAUUUCUUUAAUGGUUUGACUUUUUUUCCCUGAAAGUGAGGGAUGGGUGGGAAGAGAGGACAUCUGUCCAGUCUCAAUCAGGACAGACCACCGUGCGACACCCAGGAGGCUCUCGGAUGGGGCGUGCCUGCGCCCUCAGAACGUGUGGGAAGGAGGGGGCAUGGACAGGACACGGGACCUUGCCACGCCUGGUGUCCGAGGACGGGAGCCUGGGAGAGGCGGGUGGAGCAUGAAGCAGGCUGGAGGUGCCCCUGCACGGGAGGUGGCAUUUGCUAACCAAUCGAGCUGGAAAGACCAGGGCAGGGGAACCCCACGGUGCUGGGGAAACGCUUUGCCAGGACUGUGGCAGAGCUAGAGGGGUCCUUAGACUUUUCACUGAUGAGCAGUUGUUGGUUUUUUCUUUCUUCCUUCCUCCCGCUCUCUGCUGGCACGCAAGGCUUCCCCUUCCACCCCAUGUGGGUAUUCCCACAACAGGUUCUGCACACCCCAGUUAUUUCACACACAUUCCUGCUAGAAACUGUCAGACACAUACCUCUCUAGUUUGGAUGCUGCUCACUUUCUCCCGUGCUUCUGGAAGGGGAAGCAGUCUUUAGGUUUUGCUGUGCUGGGACAGUGGCAGGGGACCCACAGGGGUGAGGACCCACGGUCCUCCCCACCAGCCUUGCUCCGUUGUGGGUUGCCCUGCUGGGAAGGAGGGAAUCACAUCCACGUGAGUCCCAAGAUCUUCGCCUCCUUCCCUGGGGUCAUGGACAUCAGCAGUGGGUUGGGUGGCGAUCAUACUGUCUGUGAUCCCAAGGAGAAGAAAUACAGAAAACCCAAGAGAGGUGAGACUGGCUCUUGUUACCGGGGCCACAGGAAGAAAGCAGCCGGAGUGACGCAUGUGCAGAGCUGGGCAUGGGGGAGAAACAGGCUGGGGAGUGAGGCCGGGAGCGGGAUUCAGCUGCAGCAGGGCGCCCCCUCUAAACUGCAGCUGGUCUGGCUUACUGUUUUGCAGUUCAAAAAGGUCACGAAUCCAUGGGACUGAGCGUGGGGACCUUACCCACUAGCCAGCAUCUGCUGCACUUGAUCAGGUGGGGUCUUGGUGGGCGGCUGCCUUUCCUGUACAGUUUGUCUUGUCACCCUGGUUUCCCACUGGGGCCAGGUCUCUUCUCCAGCCUCCACCUGCCUAUCUGCUGCAAGAGCUGAGACACGGCCACCCAGCACCAGUCACUCCUCUGUUCGCCUUAAGUAACACACAAAUCGGGACCAGGAGGAUAGAACUGUUGGCAUUAUCAGGAUUCGUGUUUUGCGGGGGUGGGAGUGGAGAGUAGGGUGGUCUUGUGAGUUGGGCAGGGUAAAGACCGCUUCUCUGAGACAGGGGCAGUGGUGCUGAUGGAACACGGGGGAGGCCCACAUUUGAGCAAAGCUGCCCUGCCCUUGUCCCCUGGCCUGGCUUCCUGGUAAGGAGCUUCAGCCGCCUCCCCAGGAACCCCCAAAGUGCAGAUUCCGGAGCAGACACCUCCCGGCGGGAGACUCAGCACACAAGUGCUCCAGUUGCUCGGUGGUACCUGGGGCCUCGUGCGUUUUUGCUGUGGGUGGAGUGGGUGGGGUUGGUUUAUGCCUAUCAAUGCAAUUUUUAAUUUUUGUGAAUAUCAACAGCAAAAGCCUAGUGCAUUGGGAGAUGUGCAACCUCCCUGAGAAUCUUUUCUGUUUCUGGAGUGCUUCAGGGGUUGGCCUCUGGCCCCAGAGCCUUUGCCACAGUGCCCCCCCCCCAGCCCCCACCCCAUCCGUCUGUUUGCAGAGCCUCAUCUACAGGUCCCCACGCUGCCUUCUUUCCUCACUCUGUGCUUGCUGUUUUGUUAUUUGGCUGAGUAUACAUUGGGCGGAAGUCUCUGUGCACAGAGUGGGUGUUGCUCCAAGCCCCUUCCACUCGGAGGGCCGCACCCAGCGAUGCCAGUGAAGGUGGCACAGCCUCUCUUCAGUUUCUCCUGACUCUGAUCUCACUGGGGCAGAAUUCCCCUGAGAGAAUUCCCUCACUCACGGCUCCCUUUGCCAGAGUUAGUUCAAUCAGGUCUGAUGUGAGCAGUUUACAUGCUUGUCUCAGAAAGGCCCUCAGGGUUUGUAGAGGACCGCAGAGGGGCAUCCGCUGCAGACUCAGCCUUUCUCUGCAGCCAUCCUGCAGUGGUGGUGAGUGGGCACACGCUGAGAACUGCCCUUGGGUGGUGGAAGCAGGUGUCACGGUGCGCGUCUCCCCCUGCACCCCUCCCUCAGCUUGAGCCAUGUCACCCCCUCUCCCUCCAGCAUGGGCCUGCAUCUCAGGCUCUCUGGAAGGCGGCCCUGCCCCAGACCCUCUCGCAGGUGUCCUGGUUUGACUUGGAACUAGGUGGCCAUCCUUCCAGGCUUUGGUGGCCCAAGAGCACUCCGGGUGGAUGGAAGUGGCUGUCCCCUCCUCUCCAGCCCCUGCCCACCCACUGGUGGAGGUGCUAACUAGCAGGGACGUGGCAUAGGAUGGGAGCUGGGUGCGAGGUGCUUGGGGUCCAUUCUUUGUCCCUCAGCUUCUCAGAGUCCGGCCAGCCCUUGUGUUCCCGUGCCCCCCACUUUCCUCCUCCCCACUGCAGUGAGGCAAUAGUCCGGGGUGGGGCCUGGCCUCCCUGCCCUGAUGCGGCACUCAGGAGGCCUGGGGGGCUUCCUGGCCCCUCCUUGCCCACCUGCCCGCCCCCGGGCAGCAGGGGAGGGAGAGCAGGGCGAGCACGCUUGUUGGUUUCAGAUGCACUUUCUGCUUGCGAUGCCGUAUCUGUGCGUUCCUUCAUCCUGGUCCUGGCUUUAUGGAACACCAUGUUUUUAGCAUGUUUUUAAAUAAAAACUGAUAAAGUGUCAAAAGCAC